UUUUAUCUGCUAUUGUGUCAAAUUUUAAAAUUUUGAUGCUGUGAAAACCUAUAAACAUGCCAUUGUGAAUGCAUUGACCUUGACUGCACCAACCUUGACAUUUCUUGACAUUACUGACUCAAUUUCACGCUGUUUUUUUCUGAAAUAGCAGGUGAAAUUGUCCCUUUUAUACAGGCCCAGGAAAAUCUAUUUUUAAGCAUGCUUUUGGAUCAAUUCAGCAUGAAAAUGAUGACAGAUUUCUUGAAAAUGUCAGCUCCUCUCAAAGAGAAAUGCAUUCCCUUAAACAAUGCUAGAAGAUGUGUGUUUUCCAGCGACGGGAAGGAGACGGGAGUCUGCUUCUGUGCAGAAUCUGCAGUGGCGUCCCUCCCCCCCAGCCUGUUCCAGCGUCUUCCACCCCUCCCCUGGCUGUGGCUGACACAUACCACUCGGAGAGUUCCUAAUAUAGACCCGAGUGCUCUGAAGGAAAGGGUAACAAACGGAGCCGAGUCACCCUAUGGUUCCUAUCUGCUGCUGUUAAAGGACUUUUUCAUGGACACAGCAGUGAAGAAUGGAGCCUUUCUCACAGGUGUCAUUCCCGGGGAAGAGGAAGGAAUCACAGACACACGAUGCUGAUGCCACAGUCUACAUGAAUUUCAUGAAGAGCCACAGCUGCUAUGAUGCCAUUCCAACCAGCUGCAAACUGGUCAUCUUUGAUACCAAACUACAAGUAAAAAAGGCCUUUUUUGCACUGGUGGCAAAUGGCUUGAGGGCUGCGCCUUUAUGGGACAGCAAGUUACAGAGAUUUGUGGGUAUGCUGACUAUCACAGAUUUCAUCAACAUCCUGCAUUGCUAUUACAGAUCUCCUUUGGUUCAGAUGUACGAGCUGGAGAGCCACAAGAUUGAAACAUGGAGAGGUGACUCAUUUGAAAACGUCUACUUGCAGUCUUCAAGUCACUUCCUUAUAAGUAUCACUCCAGAGGCCAGCCUCUUUGAUGCCAUCUAUUCCUUAUUAAAGUAUAAGAUCCACAGGCUGCCUGUUAUCGACCCAGUGUCUGGAAACGUGCUGCACAUCCUCACCCACAAAAGAAUCCUCAAGUUCCUCCAUAUAUUUGGGAAAAAAGUUCCCAAGCCGACAUUUGUCGGGAAGCAGAUCCAGGAGCUUGGGAUCGGGACGUUCAGGAACAUUGCAACAGUCCAGCAAACAGCUACACUUUAUGAGGCUCUCUCUAUUUUUGUGGAAAGGCGAGUGUCUGCACUUCCUGUGGUGGACGAACAAGGUAAAGUGGUGUCGCUCUACUCCAGAUUCGAUGUCAUUAAUCUCGCUGCUCAGAAGACUUACAACAACCUGGACAUGACGAUGCAGGAGGCCGUCCGGAGGCGUACGUGUUUCACUGAGGGAGUAAUAAAGUGUUAUCCUGAUGAAACCCUGGAAACCAUCAUCGAUCGAAUCGUCCAAGCUGAGGUCCAUCGGCUGGUCCUGGUGGACAGAGCUGACAUAGUGAAAGGCAUCAUCUCCCUCUCUGACCUGCUGCAGGCCAUGGUGCUAUCCCCCGCAGGUAUUGACGCACUUUUGUCCUAGCACCGGGGGGGCAGAGCGUCCAAUUCCUUCCUUUACCUCGUGUGUAAGCUCGAACCCUGAGCAGUUUAAACAGCCAGAUAUCAACUUGUGACUGAAAAGAAAGCUUACAGGAGGAGGAGAGGACUAUUUCUCCAGCUGUGCUGCUGUUUACAUCGCUGUCAUUACUGUGCUCAAAUAAUAAUGGGCAGUGCGCUGACCUUAAUACUGCCCAGGUUAGCUGCAUUUGAUCAAAUUGAUCAAUAUUUGUGUUUACUCAUGACUGUGUAUUUCUGUAUUAAA